AUGCUUAAGGAGGUGUUGUUGGGUCUCCUCGCAGGAGCAGCGGUUCUAACUGUAGGGAUUUUGCUAGGACACUUUGCCAUUGACAAAGGCAAUUCUGCGCCAGCAUGGGUCCAGGAUGCAUCUCGUGAUGUGGAUGAAAAUAUGGUUGAAAGAUUUCUUGCAGAAUUGGACAAUAUUCAAAUUCAAGAAAACCUAAGGGAGCUGACCAAGGUUCCCCACAUGGCCACCAGCCCUGGAGAUGAGGCAACAGUGGAGUUUAUGCUGAAGAGAUGGCAGGACCCAAAGACAGGCUUGGACAGCGCAUGGAGGGAGGACUAUAAUGUGUAUCUCUCAUUCCCAAACAAAUCUAACCCCAACAAAGUCUCUGUUGCUGAUCCAUCCAACGUAGUUUUAUUUAUGGUACGUGAGAGAGAGAAAGCAUACUACCCAGAGCAGGAGGACCCAGAGGUGGUGCAACCUUUCGCAGCUUAUUCUCCUGCUGGAAACGUCAAGGGAAAACUUGUGUAUGCAAACCAAGGUAAAAUAAGUGACUACGAGCUGUUAAACGGAACAGUGGAUUUGAAGGGAACCAUUGCCAUCACUAGAUAUGGAGGAGAAGGAAGAUCUGGAAAAGCUAUCAAUGCAGCCAAGUUCGGAGUUGUUGGGGUGCUGGUCUAUACAGACCCAUAUGACAUUAAUGAUGGUCUGAUGUCAGAUGAAAAUGAAACCUACCCACACUCCUGGUAUCUCCCACCCUCUGGGGUGGAACGAGGGUCCUACAACAUUGAUUUUGGAGACAUGUUAACACCUUACCUAGCUGCAAAGAAGGAUACAUACAGAAUUCCAAAGGAAGACAUCAAAGGCAUUCCACCAAUUCCAACUCAGCCAAUAGGUUUUGAGGAUGCCUAUAGGCUAAUCUGUGAGCUUGAUGGGGAUGACGCUCCUAUUGAAUGGCAAGGAGCAUUCAACUGCACAUACAAAUUUGGUGGGCCAGGGUUCAAAUCCACAUCUCAAUUCAACAACUGCAAUGUGCAUUUGGACAUUUAUAACAGAGAGGAGCUGAGAAAUUCAGCUAACGUCAUGGGAGUUAUUCGAGGCAGUGUGGAGCCAGACAGGUAUGUGAUUUACGGAAACCACAGGGACAGCUGGGUGCACGGAGCCAUUGAUCCCAGUAGCGGCACAGCAGUAAUGCUAGAGAUCACCAGAGUUCUGGGGAAAAUGCUGAAGGAAGGGAAAUGGCGACCUCGGCGGUCCAUUAUCUUUGGCAGCUGGGGAGCUGAAGAAUUUGGCCUUAUUGGAUCUGCAGAGUACACAGAGGAGUACUUCAGCAAGCUGAGUGAACGCGCUGUGGCAUACAUCAACGUAGACAUCUCAGUGUUUGCCAAUGCCACUUUGAGGGCAUCUAGUUCCCCGGCAACACAGAGUGUGAUUUUUACAGCCUCCAAACAGGUAAAUGCACCUGGAACCACCACAUCAGUCUAUGACAACUGGAUAAAAUAUUACAACAGGACAAGUCCAAGUUAUGGGAUUAUCCCAAAUGUAGGAUACUUGACUGGAGCGGGAAGUGAUUAUGCUCCUUUUAUGCACUACCUUGGUGUUACUUCUAUGGACAUUUCUUAUUACUAUGACCGGAGCAAGACAAGAGCACGCAUCUACCCUGCAUACCACACAGCUUAUGACACCUUUGACUAUUCAUCUAAAUACAUUGAUCCAGGUUUCACAAGUCACCAGGCAGUUGCCAGGACAGCAGGGAAUGUGCUGGUGCGAUUGGCAGACAGUUUGCUGUUGCCUUUUAACUGCAGCGACUAUGCGGAAAGUCUGGAGCAGUACCACAAUGAGGCUGUUAAAAACUUUGAAGCCAAACUUAUGGCUAAUGACAUAUCUAUGGAUUCCUUAAAGAAUGCUGUGGAGCAGUUCCGUAAAGCAGCAACGAAGCUGAACAGUUUGAUUAGGGAUUCAGAUCUUGCAAAUGAAACACCAUUGAAGGCACGCAGAAUUAAUGACCAGCUCAUGCUUCUGGACAGGGCUUUCCUUGACCCGUUAGCAUUCCCAGAAAAAUAUGCAUUCAGGCACGUAAUAUGGGCAUCAAGGUCAUCACGUGUACCCACAUUCCCUGGGCUGGCAGAUGCAGUGGAGAAGGCUGAGAGUACAGGGUUGAAGGAGGACUGGCAUCAGGCUCAUAAACACUUAUCCAUCCUCACACAGGCCAUUGCAGGAGCUGCACACACACUGGAUGAUGUCAUUUAA